UGUACCAAAUCGAUUUAAACUUGCUCGAUAUGGUGAUUAGAUUAGGGUUCCCUUUCUCAGUGUCUUCAACCUCAUAAUUUCUUCAAUUUUCGAAGAGAAAAGCUCAAUCUCGCCCACAUUGUUAAUGAAUUAUGUCUUGAUUCUUAAUUAGCUAUCAUGGCGGUGCGUGAAUUACCAUUCAAAGUGGGUCAUCUAGCCGAAUCAAGAUCAUUUUGCGGAGGCUUUCGUGGUGCGUGGUUCCGCUGCAAGAUAAAGGGUACUUUAAAGGAAAAAAGUCAGAAGAAGUUCGUUCUUGAGUAUUUUGACUUUCCUGGUGAAGAUGCAGAGUCAAUUUUGUUAUAUCAAAGGCGCCCAACUAAGACUGGGAAGUUACAGCAAAAAAAGGAGAUAAUGCUGCGACCGCCCUUUCCUACUGUAUAUCGUGAAAGUCAAAUGCCUAAUGUCAAUAACAUCUCAGAAGUGUCAGUAGUUUUCAAGGAUGUCAGGAAGGUUGGAGAUUUAGUUGAUUGGUUUACUGAUAGUUGUUAUUGGUCUGGAAGAGUAAGUGAAAUCUUGGAGGAUGAUAUGGUUAAGAUAGAGCUGCUCCGGCCUCCCUUGGGUGAAGGAUCAUUUUACAACGUUCUCUGCAAGGAUCUGCGGCCAUCCUUAGAUUGGUCUCCUAAAUCUGGCUGGACUGUGCCAACUUCGAUGGACAGUAAACAUGGUCCUUCUUGUGCUCGGAUACUUAAACCUGUCGAUCAAGGCAGAAGUUCUACCUUGUUGGCACAUUCUGCGAGUGCAGAUACAACUGUUGUUUCGGGUGUUGGUGAAGCAUCUCAAUCUUCAUUUGUUUCUCAUGCUUCAUCUAACUCAUCACAGCCUUCUGAUAAGUUGGAAGAUAAGGAAAAGAAUAGAGAAAAGGAGAUGCACACUUCGGUAACAGAUAUCAACUCAGAUAUGGCAAACAAUAGUGGCAUUGGGAAAACCGGUUGCUCUGAUAAUGAUUCAAUUUCACAUGCUAAAUCUACACCAAACAAAAUUUGUGGAACUCCUGUUUCUCAGAUAAUGAUUCUACCUCCUGAUCAGUUGGAAGGAAACAAAAAAAGACCUCUGUCUACUACAGUAGUAAAGAAUAUGCAUGUGCCAGGAAAAGAUAUGAAGUCAGAUAUGACUGCUGAUAGUGGCUUUGGGAGAACUAAUUUCUCUGAUAAUGAUUCAAAUUCACAUGUUAAAUCUGCAUCAAACGAAAUAGGUGGGACUACAGGUGGGAAAGACAGAUUUGAUGAUGGUGGUUCCUUAAAGAAGAUGAGAACUGAUGGGAACAUUCUCCCAAACUUGUUGUUUUCCAAUUCAAUGGAAGCUGCCAUUGUGAACUUGGAAGACCUUGUAAACCGUGUAAAAUGGAUGAAGAGUAUUUUACAAACUGAUAUGCCAUCAUCAGAGUUUUUGGAACAUCCUUCGUGGAAAUUUUUGGAACAUCAUGCUUCGUCCACACCAAAAUGAUCUUUUCUCUUAACUGUAAGUUGACUAACGAGUUUUGAAAGUGGCUUUUGGUGCUCGAGAAGAAAAUGAUUCAGGUCCAUGCUACCAUAUUAUAAUAUUAGGGUUGAUAUUGGACCUAACUUAGCUUUCUUUUAUUACGAGCAAUGCACAAUUAUUCAGCACCAGACUAAUACAGAUAAACUUCAUAAUAUUAAAUUGUCACGUCUGUAUUAGUCUAGUACUGAGCACUAAUCAUCAAUCUUCUUUAUGUUAAAGAUUCAAUUCACAAGACGUUUCACUUGUUGAAAAGGUCAACUAUCAGAAAUUCAGUCCAAUGAAUGUUCAUGAAGGAAUUUUGCUCA